AUGUCUCGCACUAACCAAUUCGCCCUCAUCCUAAUCGUCCAGGCCACGAUCUUGGCAGUUUUCCUCCAACGAGCACCCUUCAUGAUGUCUACAAUCGAACCAACGACGAAAAAGCCAUGGGCCGACACACCAUGCGCACUCGUCACAACACCCCAGUAUGCCACCAAUAAAACCGACAUUUUCACCACCGGCGCGACGCACAUGGCGCACAUCCACAACGCCAUCCUGCGCGGCUACAACUCCAUCUACAACCAAGCGCCACACAUCCAAGAGGCAGACAAAGCCGCAUUCGUGGGGUACUCCAUGACGUGGUUCCGCUUUGUUAAAUCGCACCACGACGACGAAGAAGCCGGGCUGUUCCCCAAAGUAGCCGAAGUGCUGGGUGGCAAAGACAGCGAGCUCUGGGGCGUGACGCACAAGGAGCACGAGUCUUUUCUCACCGGAUUGGCAGAGUAUGCCAGGUAUCUCGAGGAAUUGAAAACCCCGAACGACUUUGAUGGCGAGAUAUUGAGGACGAUUAUGGUCGGGUUCCAGGAGUCUUUCAAUCAUCAUUUUCAUUCGGAGAUCAGUACCAUUGCGUCUUUUGCCGAGCUAAAGUCCGCACCGGCUUCCGGGUCGCUGGAGGAAGAUGCUGCAGCGGCAGUGUUCAAGGCGUGGGGCAAGAAGACGGUCACCAAAGCGGGGACGACGGACGUCGUGCCUUUCUUCCUCAUGAAUUUAGAUGCCACGUAUGAGGGGAGGAAGUGGGCGAAUUGGCCGCCAAUGCCGGCGCCGGUGAGAUGGGGACUAGUAAAUGUCGCGGGGAGUUGGAAUUGGACGUGGUGGAAGUUUGCGAGCUGUGAUAGUGCUGGGAAGCCGCGGGAGCUGUAUGCAACACGGUAG